AUGACAACAACGACGCGCAAGCGCGUUUCGCGUCUUCCGCUAACGAUGGAGACGAAGCGGCCGCGAACGUGCGAAGACGUGAAGUUGGCCGAAUUGCUCGGAAAAAUGCGCAACUCGUCGUCGCGAGAUGAAGCGAAACAAGCCGGCAGCAUUCUCAAGGCGUUGCUCAACACCGAAGAGCGAAUUCGGAAAUUUGUCGAGAAUGAGGAGAAUUUUGAUGCGCUAGUGGCGAUUUUUAUAAAGCACGCGUCGAAUUUGAAAACGGACGAGCAUAAUUGCGAAAUUCUGCAAUAUUCGAUAAGUAUAUUGGGGAAUUGUUGCCACGUGGUUCCCGAGACGGGAUUUUCCGUCAAAAAAUUGUGCCGAAAUUUUUGGGAACUCGGCGUCCGAAUUCUGGAGAACUCGUCGAUGGAUAUUAAGACGUCGUUGUGCAAAUUGAUUGCGAAUAUUUGUUUGAAUAAGGAACUCGCUUUGUCUUGGAUAUCGUCGAAGACGUUGACGUUUGAUAAUAUUGCCGCGCUUCUCGACUCGGAAGAUAUGAAAUUGGUGCGCCAAUGUAUUCGGGUGUUCCAGGUUCUCGCCAAUGCUUCACUUACUAGGGAGAAAAAAUUGUCUCGAAGCUAA